UGUCGUACGGCGUCUCCGAUUAACCCCCUUUCAAUCCGCAAUUCUAUAUUCUCAAUCUCGCUGCCCCUCCCUGACCUCUCAGUUUCUUUCACCCAACAAUUCCCCCCAUCUUCCCACGGUUCACAAUCGCAAUCCCUAAAUCAGGUAAUUGAUUUCACUUCGCGAUCGCGAUCGUGUAUUUUCUGGUGUGGAGCUUUCGUGUCUUUCAUGUUUUCGAUCAAUUUGUUCCUUGCGUGUUGGAAAUUUCGGAGUCUAUGCGAUUCUGUUGCAUCGGAGUUUUGAAUUUGAUUUGUUGAAUUAGUUGAAUUGAGCUGGAAUUGGCUGAAUUUACUUUGAUUCGAUUGUAUUGAAUUUAGAGCCUUUUUGUUAAUUUGAGCUUAAAUUUUCUGGUUUCGACUACUUUUGCCUUGUUUUCUGGAUAACAUAUACAAUAAUGCUCAUGUGGCCUGCUUAGCUUAGAAUUGGGAAAAUUAAGAGCUUAGUUAUGGCUGGGUGACAAUCUUAUGCAAUGUAGUUUACAGCUGGUUCCAUGAAUGUAAACGGGGAUACAUGGACGGCUGCGAGCUUUUGCCUUGUUUCCCUUGGAUUAAAAAAACAGAUACUAUCAUGUUCUCUUAGUCUGCUUAUCUUAUAAUUAGUUUGGGAAGGUAGAGGUUCUUGUGUGGCUGCUAUUUCGGACUUAAUUUCGUAUUUUGUUCUAAUUCUCUUGUCCUGUAAGUAUUUUUUCAUUUAUCUAUGUUAGACGCAAGAUAUAAAAGAUCUCUUUGCUGUUGUCAUUUACUUAAGUAUAAUAUGUGAUUGUGCUAGUGUUGAAUCAAUCUCCACUAUUUACUCUUCAGAUCAAUGGCAUCUUCUUCGGACUCAUGGAUGAAGGAAUAUAACGAAGCAGUAAAGCUUUCUGAUGAUAUCAGUGGUAUGAUAUCUGAGCGGAGUUCAUUUCCCGCAUCAGGUCCAGAAACUCAGCGCCAUGUCUCUGCUAUUCGGAGGAAAAUUACAAUAUUGGGGACUAGACUUGAUAGCUUACAGUCCGAAUUGUCAACACUUCCUGGAAAGCAGCACAUAACAGCCAAAGAGAUGAAUCGUCGGAAGGACAUGAUUGCAAAUUUGAAAUCAAAAGUCAGCCAGAUGUCUUCAACAUUGACAUCGCACUCUGGUAACAGAGACAGCUUGCUAGGACCUGAAAUAAGUAAAGCUGAUGCCAUGGGCCGAACAGCUGGCCUGGACAACUAUGGCCUUGUUGGUCUUCAGCGACAAGUUAUGAAAGAGCAAGAUGAGGGGCUUGACAGAUUGGAGGAGACUGUAGUAAGCACAAAACAUAUUGCAUUGGCAGUCAACGAGGAACUCACCCUGCACACUAGACUUAUUGACGAUUUGGACGAACAUGUGGAUGUUACUGACUCUCGGUUACAGCGAGUGCAGAAGAACUUAGCAGCUCUGAACAAACGUACAAAGGGUGGUUGCUCCUGCAUGUGCAUGCUUUUAGCUGUUCUUGGUAUUGUUGGCCUGGUUGCUGUGAUAUUUUUGCUGAUCAAAUACUUGUAAUUAUAUUAACUUUAAGUCCGAUCCAUAGAGAACAAAGAACUCCUGUUUGUUGCUGUUUGUGUGUGUUGCUGUUGAAUGGUUGUGAAAUUGUAUCCGGCUCUCUUGAUAUUUUGUUUGUGAAUCUCAGAGGUGUUUAAUAAUUGUAAAUUUGCAAUUACUUGUUGCACCUUCUAAGUGUUUUCCCUUUGUUCUACACUUUUAUGUGUUUAUCU